AUGAGCAGUGUAACUUCGUUCUCGUUCGUCACCAGCGCGAGACUGACACCAGUAUCACGACGUAAGCGGUGUUUUUAUUACCAACAGCACGUGGGAGGAGAAAUUCUAUCGCGAGGAGGAGGAGGAGGAGGAGGAGCAGAAUUGCGCGGUGGUAGUAUUGUUGUUCGUCGUUGCAAAGAAAACAACGACCUAGAGAGAGAUGCAAUCGCGGGGACGAGCGGGCGAGAAAGACGACGCGAGGAUGAUGAUGAUGAUGAUGAUGAAAUACUCGGUACGCGUACUACUCAUUACGAGUAUCGAAGCAGAAGAAGACGGAGCGUGAUGCUGAGCAGCGUAACGACGAUGCUGUUGGGGAUGAAUGCAACAAAGAACAAGAUAGCGUUUGCCGCAGACUUUGACGCUGAACGACCACCUUCGGACGGAGGAGGAGACAGAGGAGAAUCAUCAACCGCGAUGGUCGUCGCGGAGGAGGAGGAGAGAGUGCCACCACCACCGCCACCGGAGAAGCCAGUAAAGAUAAAGAAAAAGACCACUCGGGAACGGAUCGAAGAGCUCGAACGACUCGAAGAGCAACAGUUGGAAAGAGAGGAAGCGAUUCAGGAGCAAAACAGGGAAAUCCAACAACAAGACAGCACCAUCGACGGUUUACAACGUCAGUUAGAGUUGAAGAACGAACUGAUCGCGCUUUUGAAACGAGAGCGAGACGAGGCGAAAGAGGCGGCGAAAUUAGCGCAAGGGUUGUGCGCGCAAAGUGCGGCUAUAUUUUAA